CCGCAAUACUCUCUUGUGUUUAUUUGUACGUAUGAGCAUCGCCUACAAACAGCGGAGUAUAGUGAAAAGAAAAGCACCACCACCACCACCGUGCAUGGCAGCGUAGUUCUUCUUGUGUGGAGUUUUUUUAUUUUUAUAAUAUUGGGUUGUCUUCUCUUGCUGGCAAUUGUGUGAACGAUUUUACGUUUGAUGAUGGCAAAGUAAAAAUUCGAAUUUGCUCUAGCUAUCAGUACGUCAAGAGCGUUCAGCGAGUACAAAUCAUUCGUUUACAAUUUACUAGUGAGCAGUCAAACGUAUGUACAUAUUUCGUUUGCAGUGAGUGUUGUGCAUAGAUUUUCGGACGUACUCGAAUUGAAAAAAUACUAAAUUCACAUUUAAAUAUAUAAACGAAUACACAAAUGCGUGUUAUUCAAUCAAAUUUUGAAGGAAAAUUUGUUUGGAAACCUUAUUGAAGUGCUUGAAAAGCUUUUGGUUAUAUUGACAAAGCCCAAAAGCAACGAGUAAACUUUUGACAUUUCGUGUUGUUGCUUAUUGAGUGUAGCGCACGUAAAUAAGAGCGAAAAGAGACGAAUUGGAGCUGCUGUGCAACUCGAACAAAAACCUGCCUAGUGGGGGCGAUUUAUUGAAUAUAUUGAACAAUUCUAUUUUUAUAAGUGACAAUUUUAAUAAACAAUCGAGUAAGUUGCGAAACAAAAAUAAGUGCAUUAUUAGGCAAACACCACAAAACUCAAGUGCCAACUGCUGCGGCCACCAGUGGGUGCAGGUUAGGUGGAGCAGGCUGCAACGAAACUGUACCCCAAAGUGAUUUGCACCACUUGAACACUGCUGUGUAGUGUAGUGUGUGUGGAAGAAUCAUUGUAUAAAAAACAAAAGUGGGGAAAUCAACAAGUUUUGGCGCGAAAACUUUUGACAAGUCCAAGUCUUUUGGUAUUGGAGACUGAAAAGCAGCAACAAACACAACGUGAUUGAGGGAAUCGAUGAAAAACACUGCUCGAAUAAAACAACGUCAUUGGCUAAGUGUUCAGCAGGAACUAUUUUUAUUAUUUUGAGUCGCUGUGCAUAAUUAAUACAAAAAAAAAACAGCAAACAAAAAGUGUUAAUUUCAAGGUUAAGUGUUGUUGCAAGCUUUUGUUGGCAUAAUAAAAAAACGCUUCAAGCAAACAAAAACAAAAAAAAAAAACAGGGCAAUAGAAUUGCAGAGACAAAGACCUUAGACAAUUGGAGGUGCAAGUAAUUAAAUUUCAGCAACGCAAUUUGAAUUUGUUUAUUAAGCGAGUUUCAUAAAGUACCUUAAGAGAUGACCGCUGCACGUGUCCUAAAUCCAGUAGUUUUGACCGAAUUCUGUAAACUGCGCGGCAGUCCAACCACAAUGGGACGCAAUUUGACUUGUAAUCGUCAAUUGAAUCGCAUAAAGCGUGAUCUCUUUGGACCAGCAAACCCAGUGGAAACAAAAAAAGAAUUCGCUGAGGAACUGGAUAAGCAUCAAGAGCGCGCUAUUAAAAAAUGGGGUUUUGACUUCCGCAACGGUUUGCCACUGCCCUCGAAUACACAAUUCGUUUGGGAGCGUAUCUCCUAUCAGGAAUCCACACACGCACCCGAAGUCUAUACGCUAACACGCGCCGCGCAUGUACGUCCCGCUCCCGUGGUGCCGUGCAGCGCCGAUUUGCUCAUGGACGAACGUGCAGAACGUGAAAAUUAUAUGAUGAACACAUCCACAUCGACCGACACAGAUUCCUGCGGUGACUAUGACUCACAGGAUGAGUCGUUAGUAUUUAAAGUACCGAAUACAGAGCGCUGUGGUGGUAGUAAGCGUGCGCAUGAUGAUAGUGCUGCUGGCAGAUUGUCAUUGCGCAAGCGACAACCGAAGAUUACAGAAUACAUGAAGGAGCGCAAACGCCUUGCCCAGACCCCGAAAAAGGUUUCACCCGCCAAGCGUACGCGCACCAGCUCGGGCAGCAGCAGCAGCCAAAGUCACAGCGCGCAUGCGUACAGCAUCAGUGCGCAUUUUUCGCUGCAACGAAAUCAUCUACAACGCAAUAAUUAAUGCAAUAUGACAUUGUUGCGAAUUUCCCAAACAGAAACAGCUAUAAAUACAUACAGAUAUAAAUGAUUAGUAUAUAAUUAACUAUAUACAAACGCACAUACAAAUGUUGUAUACUUAGUUUUAGCUACAACAAUAGCCUUAGUUACGCAUAAACGCAUAAAUAUAUAUAUUUUAGUGCAUAUAUA